GGGAAGCAUGAGUGGUGCAUUGACAUCGUUUUCAAUAACGGGCAAUAUCGAACUGGGUGACAUUCGAUGUGACAAACAUAACCUCGUCCAUCCAGCAGACGAGAAUCAGCUGUUCCAGCUGACUUGACGAACAGAAAUAUAGAAUUCUUCGUGCGGAAGCCAAAAGCUGCCCGCUCCUGCGAAUUAUUCAUAAUCGUUCACCACAGUUCCAAUCGUCCGGUUGCCUUAGGCGUCAAGAGGCAAGAAUUUUUUUCAUCCCGCAUAUAUUGUGUAUUCGCAUGACCUGAUUUCUCCGACUACUGACGGUGUAAACAUUAUCUUGAAGACAGACAUUGGGAAUUAAUCGAUCAUCUAAACUUCUAACUAAUUGGAUAAAGCUGAAGCGUCGUUGAUCGUUGCAUCCGAUUGGCAAAUAACCCAGAGUGACAAAGGAAUUUAAACAUAUCAGACUUUCAAAUUCGAAAUCGGUUUGAAUUCUUUUUCAGAAAAUGCAGGAAGCGUUUUUAGACCUGAACGGUGUUCCGACUCACGUUACGUCGGAGGGUCGGUGGGUCGAGGCUGGCCUCGCAGCUGACGGUCACAGAGAUGUGGUAGUUGUCAUUCCAGGCAACCCUGGACUCCCGAGCUUCUACAAUGGGUUUAUCAAGACCCUGAAUUCAAAACUCCCAACGGAAACGCCGGUCUGGAUGGUCGGGCACGCGGGGCAUGUUCAACCCAGCAAAACAAGCCUCCGAAGCUUGCCUAAAUACGAGCACAAUAGGCACUUGUACAAUCUGGAUGGUCAGCUUAAGCAUAAGGCUGAGUUCAUCAAGAAAUACGUGCCUAAAGACGCUCGAUUACAUCUUGUUGCCCACUCGAUUGGCAGUUGGUUUGUUUUAAACCUGCUUAAGGAUGAAGAGAUUAGAAAUCAGGUUGUAAAAUGCUACCUAUUAUUUCCAACUAUCGAACGCAUGGCAGAAAGCCCGAAUGGAAAAUUUUUUACACGAUUCGCCACACCUUUGAUUUCGAUACUGGUGUUCCUUUCCUGGAUAUUCACGUUUUUGCCUUUGAUUAUUCAAAUUCUUCUGAUCGAAGUAGCCAGUUUCUUUAUUGGGAUUCCUCGCAAGUGCAGGAACUCUGUUUUGCAGCUGGUCAAUCCCGCUGUUCUAAGACGGGUGUUUUCAUUGGCAAAACAAGAACUGGAAAUUGUGCGAGAGUUGGAUCAUGAAUUGGUGUCAAAAAAUUCAGACAAACUUUGGUUAUAUUAUGGCUCUAAGGACGGUUGGACUCCUGUAAAAUAUUAUGAAGAAAUCAGAACUAGAUAUCCAAAUCUCAAUGCUGUACUGUGCAAAAGAGGAAUUUUGCACUCAUUUGUUCUUGAAAGCGAUACGGAAAUGGGAAACAUUGUUGCAGACGUUAUCAAUGAUAACAUUAUAUAACACACCGUUUCAAUUUUGUGAUAUUCAAGCAAUAGACCCAAUGAUACUAACACUAUAAGUAUUGAGUAAUAACAACAACUAUCAUUCCAAGCUUCACGUAAAUUGAAGUUUCUAGAAAAAUAUACACAUCCACUGCAGUUUUUAAAAUUUUGCACUCGUAAUGGUUAGUGGUACGUGGAAUGGCGAAGGCAUUUUUAUAAAUAUGAUAUUAUUUUGUAUGGAAAAUGUUCAUGAAGUUGCAGUAUCGCUAGAGAGUUCAGUGUAGAAACUAGCAAUAGGUACUAAGUAACUGUUUUUUUUUAUUGUAUCAUUAGAUCAAUAAAUCGAUCUUGAUACUUCA